UUCAACUUCGUUCUUGUGUGUUGCAAAAAAAAUUGCAAUAAUAAAGAAAUAAGAAAAAUCGACACUUUGAUCUUAUAAAGUCAUAAGAUAUAUUCUUUAUGUCAUCAUCCCUGACAAAAGCGAACACUUUGAACAUUCAUUCAGUUAUUCAUCGUAUGUGGUUUCUCAUCUUCUGCCUAGUUCUCUUUCUCUCUCAAAGUGAUUGACUCAUUCAACGUGUUUUUUCCUUCCGAGUGAGGCACACAAAAAUAUUCAAAAUAAUAAAAUUGCGAACCAAAAAAAAAAAAAAUCUUUUACUCAAUCGGAAAACAAUAGAAAAUUGGAUAUACAAGUGUAUGAAGUGAUAACGUGAAAAUAAAGAGAGUAGAUUUACCAAUACUGCCGCGAUUUUGUUUCUUUUAUCACAGCAAAAAAGACCUUAAAAUAAAUUUAUUUUACAUUCUCGUUCCUCAUUCACGACCUUUUCCUCAGUGUUUUUUUGUUCAUUUACUCAGUAUUUGUUAUUAAGAUUGAUAAGAAUUCUGCCUCUUCUUGCUUCGAGCAUUCAUACCUGUUGGAUUUUUUUUUCUUUCGUCGACUGAUUGAAGGAAUGAAGUAAAAUAAAAAAAAAAUAAAUUUUAGUGCCGGACUGUAAAAAGUAAAGAACUGUGUGAAAUUUAUUUGUUCUGAGUAUCGCGAAAGAAACUUCCCUUCUUUUCUUUCUCAAUUCAUUCAUCGUUUAUAUGAAAUCAAUGAGCUAUUCUUUACUUCUUUGGAAAUUUUCGACUCUCGAAUUUAUUAUUGUCCAUAGAAUGCAAGUUUAAUUUGACCGAUUGGCUUACAUUUCAUUAAAAUAAAGUAUAAUAUUUUUCAAGAAUCUUUCAUAAUUGUUUAAACAAUAAUAACAAGCAGCAUAAUAGGAAACAGCAUGCUAAAUCUUAAUAGAUAAAAAUCACUGCCAAAAUAGUUUAAAAAAAUGUGAAACAUUUUAAAAAUGUCAAGAAUAAAAAAAAAAUAAUACAGAUUUUCAAGUUUGAUAAUCCACAAUAAAUAAUACAUGAACAUUCUAUCCGUACGUUAAUAAAAAAAAUAUUCUUGUGUAUCUAGAUUAAUGAUAGCCUAAUGUAAUUGUGUGUAUUGUGCAAAAAUGAAUACAAGUGGUAAAAAUUCUCGUAAGAACACAGCAAAGCCCGUACCAAAGAAAAAGGUGAAGCAACAUCCACAAAAUCAAAAUACAAAAGUAAAUGAAACAAAAAGUAGCAGCAUCAAGGCAAACAAUAAUAAUAAUAAUAAUAAAAUCAGUAUAAAUAAUAAUGUUAAGAAAGAUGUUAGUGAAAUUCCAUCGACAAAAAAGGCACCAGUUGUUGAUGUGCCAACGACAAAAAAGUCUGAGGAACCAACAACAAAGAAACUCGAACGCUCAAAUAGUUUUAUUGAACGUACAUUAUCAAAAAUUUAUAAUAAGUUAAGUGACAGUAUUGAUAAUCUUACAAAAAUAGGAACUGUUAAGGAAGCAACAACGAUCGAUACACCGAUACCGAAUGGAUCAUCGCCAUUUAAAUUCCAAAGAAGUUUAACAUUAAAUUCAUUUCAAUUGAAGAAAAAUUAUCGUAAAAGUAUUCUCGAGAAUUCGCGAUUAGAAAAAUUAAGUGAGGAAAAGAUAUGUGAAAGUGAUAAAUUGCGAACGCCAUCGACACCACCAAAAUCUCCUAGUCCCGUAACAUUACGCUCACGUUCACCGACAACGUUUCGACAGUCAAUGCCAGCCGGUUCUUAUGAUAAUGUUGAUUUCCUCAAACCACCGAAACUGGAACGUUCUGAUAGCUUUAUCUCAUUGAUUAAACGCAAAAUUAGCUUCAAUGAGAGUAAGCCACCCGCGACAAUGAAUUCCAAUUGGGCUGUAUCGUUGCAAAAUCUUCAACAAAUCGAUAAUAUGGUCAGCUAUGAAGAUCUAUCAUUUGUUGAUUAUGACAAGUUUAAUCGAUACGAAGUUCAAAUUGACAAGAUGCUCAAGCGUCUGCAUCGUAAGAAUAUGGCAAGGAAUGAUGAUAAUAAAAUUACAAAAUCAUCUCAUCAAGACACGACACAAUCGUAUGACAAUGGAAAUGGUAUUAAUAAUUCAGUGGUUUUGAGGCGUCGCAUGACAAAAGUGUCGAGUGUGGGUGACUUCAACAAGAAUUUGGAUCGUGAAAAGAACCUUUACCGUCAGAGUAUUGACAGCAAUAAACUGAAAUUGUUAAGCUCUAUCAAUCUCGAUUCACACAGAUGGAGUCAGGUGUUAGAUGAGCACAAUGAUCCAAUUGAAUGGCUUUCACUUGAGAAGAAUUCACCGCAAGAAAACUUAAAUCUAAUUUCCAACGACGAAAAUGAUUCACCUGUAAAAUCUAGCAUGUCAAGUCUACAGAAGCAAAACGAAAGAAUGUCAACGAUGGACAUCCAUAAGAUGGUAGUCACACGUAAAACUCAGUCAUGCGAGAACUUUCAAAGUAAUAAAAAUCUGAAUGAUACAUAUGGGGAUCUUAUAAUGUUGAAAUCGAAGAGUUUAACUCAUCUGGACCGCAUUCAACCACAAAUAAACAUUUCAUCAAACAAUAUUCCGUACAAGGUGUCAAGUUCAGAGUAUUUUUCCGUGUGCUUUGAUACAGAGAAUGGAUUUAAAGAUAAGGAUGAAAUAUUUAUAGCAGCAACAAAAGGCAUUGCUCUUGGAGAUUCACUGCGCCAGGCAAUGAUUCAGCGAAGCUUGAGCUUUUCACGGAUAAGUGUGAUAGAUUAUGGCAUGAAUAAUUCAAACGAAUUGGGCAUACCACAAUAUUUCGGUCCACUUCAUGUAAACACGGACAUUGGCAUUUUAGCUGGACAUUCGUUGCUUGUUACGGAAAAGGAAAAUGUACAAAAGAAAUCUGGUCAUUAUGUGCUGAAGAAAGCAAACUCUGUAGGAUAUCGAACAACGACAAGUCGAUUGUUUAGUUCUGUAUCGACUGAGGAGUGUAUUGAGACGAACGAUACGACAAAAGUAACAAAACAAACAAAACAGAGAUUAUGGUCUUUGCAGUUGUUUGGUGUUAAGAAUCCACAUCAAAAUCAGCUCUGUGAACUUCUUAAUACGUACACAAAAAACGGCGUUCCAAAAUCAAAGUCUUCCUAUAUAAACUCCGAAUACUCAGAUGAAGCGCUCGAGGCAUUGUAUGGAUUACCACAGUCGUGGAGAGAUUUCGUCAAUCCAUGUGAUAUUAGUGAAACUGAAACAAAAAUACAAUCAGCAAUUUGGGAAUUAGUGACAACAGAAGUGGAUUAUAUUCAUGCUAUUCAAACUGUAACUGAUCUUUUUCUUUCGUGCUUGGAAGGAAUUCAAUCUGAAAAUCUACUUAAGGAUAUCGAUCAGCAUAAACUUUUUUCCAACAUUCGUGAUAUUGUCGAUGUGAAUCUAAAACUGUGGUCGCUUUAUUUAUAUCCAAUGGUCAAACACAGCAUGCUAACCGGACACUUAAUGCGCAUCGAUUAUUUUCAACAAGGCUUCACAAAUUUUGCUUGCAUUUUUGAGCCAUAUACAAAGUAUUGUGCAGAGCAAGUGCUAUGUCAGAAUUAUUGUAAGGAGUUGAAUCGAAACAAUGCACUUUUUACCUCAUAUUUAGCAUGGUGUGAAGCACAGAAAGAAUGCAAUAGACUGCGACUAGCUGAUAUUCUUGUUCGUCCAAUGCAACGAUUGACCAAAUAUAAUUUACUAUUGUCUGCCAUACGAAAGCAUCUAGGAGAAGAGACUGAAGCGGAAAUAAUGGAUAAUAUGAUACACUCGGUAGAUGAAUUCGUUUGCAGCGUUAAUUCACAUCUGACAACAAGACAAGAGAAUGAGCGACUGAAAGGCAUCAUGGCACGAAUCGAGAGCUAUGAUGUUGUGGAUUCGAGCAAUGAAAGCCUGGAAAAGCUUAUAAAGCAAUAUAGUCAGAUGUUCGAUUUAUGUGCGCCAAUGAAGGGUUGUGUCAUAAGUCAAGGUCGUUAUUUAUUUCUGGAAGGCGAUAUGAAGUACAAAGAUAAUAAUGCUAAGAUGGAUGUUCAUUGCUUCCUACUGACCGAUAUAUUACUAAUUUGUAAGCAAACUGCCAAAAAAGGUCAUGGAAAUCUAAAGGUGAUUCGACAACCUUUCAUGACUGACCGAUUGGUAAUCAAACUUAAAGAAAAAGAAAAUGCAAUCCAUUGUGUGUACCUGAAUGACUUUAAUAUGGUCAUCGCUGCAUUUGUAUUACAAUGUACGGAAGCUAAAAAUUGGUAUGAAGGCAUCACAAAAGCACGUCAUAUCUUUUCUAAACUCAAACAAGGCACAUUUGUUGAUGCACAAGGACAUUCGGUUAAAGUUCCGCAACAACACCACUAUUUACUCAACAAUACUGAUAGUAUAAGCAUCAGAAAGUCGCCUGUGGGAAGCUCUAUUGUCUCAUCACUCAACAACAGUCACAGUGGAUCUGUUGAAUUAAAUGAGUCGAAAACUGUGUCGGUAGAUUUCGAUAAAACCAAUUCAAUAUCAAGCGAUGAAGGCUCGUACAAUCUCCAUAAAGCACACUCGUCAGCAAGCAAUCGAAAAUUGAGACAGACAUCGUCAAAUUCACUUACUGUACAAACAUUUAGUACACAUCUUAAUCAAUCUAUGCCGAAUCUUACAAGUGGUCCUUAUCAUACAAAUUCACAUAGUACAUUAUUGUGUGUGCCGGGUGCAACGAAAAGUCAUUCAGCACAUUCUAGUCAUUCUGGGAACUUGUUAUCGCCUAGUCAACGUGGAAUUUCAUAUCCUCCACCAAGUCCAACAAGAGCAACCCUCCGGCGUGGUUUUGCAUUUUCAUCUUCAAUUAACAAUAAGAACCCGCCACUAAUUAAAUCCCGUAAUGUAACAUCACAACAUAGCAUAAAUUGGACUCAACAACAAAGUAUGGCAGCACAGCAACAAUUAGGAUUAAUGGCGACAGCAGCUGGAACUGCAUCAUCGACAUUACAAGCACAAUCGAGUCAAAUUCAAGUUGUAUACGAACCCGUUGAACAAUCAAAAUCUACAGAUGCAACAAAUCAACAAGUUAUCGAUUCAACAAGAAAUGAAACAACAUAAUACAUGCUAAAACUUAAGAGACUCUUUAGAAUGCAAUAGUUUUAGUAGUCUAGGGUAGCGAAAUGAUGAUGAUUUCUAUUAUUACGGUUGGAUAUAGAUAAAACAAAACAAAAGAGUUUAGUGUCUUAGUGAGCGAAAGAUGUCGAGAGUUGGUUGACUUUUUGAUUGUAUUUUAUUUCUUCAACAAAGUGAAACGUGUAUUUAUGCACAGUACGCGAUGGUUUUAGAAAAGAUAUAACUAUUUUAUAAUAUUGUAUAAGAAAUCAUCAAUGAAUCGGUGAACUUGUGGUGAGUGAGAUUAUUACGGUAUUUAAGUACAGUUUUUUUUUAUUCUAUCUCUUUUCUUGAUCUUUGGAAUUAUUUUGUCAGGUUUUGUGCUUGCUUAGUAUUCGGUUUAAUUGGUGUAGAAUUUACAAACACUUUUGAUUAAGUAACAAAAGUUUUGAAGAGUUACAGGAACAUCUAGUGAAAAUUAACACGAAUGGCACAAGUUGGUUAAUCGAUCAGAAAUCCGGUAACAAACCGGUGUGAUUUUGGCAUGGCGCUGGAUUUGAAUCGAAGCUUGCACCAUGCCAGAGUCAUGCUGACUGGAUGCUGGAUUUCUAUUCGAUAAACUGACUUAAGCUAUCCGGGCAAUGUCACAUCUGUAGACACUUUAACCUGCUUUUCAGUACCUAUAUCAUACCAAAAAUGCUCAAAAUCUUUAAAUAAUUCGAAAAUUGAGUCAUUGAAACCUGACGAAAUCAUUUCAAAGCAUUAAUUUUUGCUGUACGAGGUAGAAAAUUGAACGAGAAAAAAAUUCAUUCAUACAAUUUAAUGGAGAAGAAAAAUAAAAUGUUGUUCAAUAUCAAUAUCGUGAAUAUCAUGCACACACAAAACUCACAAAAAGUAUUUUUUUCUGAUCGAAUGUGGAUCUAUAAAAGAAAAUUUAAACCAUCCCAUCGUAAAAAAAAUAUAUAAGUGAGAUAAGGAGAAAUCUUUUUAUCUUCUUUGCUCUCAUGAUGGGUGAUAUAAUAUAAUAAAUAAAUUAUUCUAUGAAAAAAUGAAUUUCACAUUGGAUAUUUUGUACUUUUUGAACAAAGAAAAUAACAAAAAACGAAAAUUUUAUUCUUGGAAUUCUUUUUUGUGAUUUGAGCUUUUGGAAAUUUUGCUAAGAUAAGAUUUUGCUUAGGAUUCAAUUUCCUUCAGCAGAUUUUAUGCCUGAAUGUAGGUUGCAAAUGGUCAACAAUCUUAUUCAUCUAAGACUUUUUUUUUUGUCAAUAUGAGUGGGAUUAGUUGUUGACAUAAUAUUGAUACAAGACAAACUAAACUAAUUCUAUUUAAAAGGAUUGACUUCUUGAUUUUUGAAUUAAAGAUUUAAAACCUGUGUAAAUCACGUGACUCUUAUUGAUUUUAAGUUGCGAAACAUGAAAAUCAUGAAUAAAUUCUCGGAAGGUGUUAAACCUUUUCUAUGAAAGACUCUGAAAAUGUUAAUUAAUUUUUAACAUGCUGCUUUUGAACUUCAUAAAUCAUUCUUCAAACAUUUUGUAACUUAGUAAUUUCAUUGAUAGCAAUCUCAAAUCACAAAAAAGAUUCUCGAAUUUUAAAAAAUUUAAAUUGUUUAGGGAAAUUUUUAAAAACAAACCAAUUUUUUCAAAUGAAAUCAUCAAAAUGAGAAGAAGUAAAAUUUUUUUAAGCAAAAGUGGAAGAAGAAAAAAAUGUAUUUCCCUUUUUGUACUUGAACCAAGCAAUAUAAACAAAAAAAAAAAAACUUAAACAGAGAGAAAAAUUAUUGAUGAAAAAUUCCUAGUGAUGUAUGUAGUGUUUUAACAAAUAAAUAAAUAAAUAAAAUAAAUAAAUAAAUAUAUUUAAAAGAUUUAUAAAGAAAAAUUUAUUCCAAACAUAAACAAAUAUGACUUUUUAUAGUAUAAUAAGGAAUAAUGAAACUUAAAAGACAAAACUCACAACAAUGAAUAAAAAAAUUUGUUUGAAUAAGAAAUUUUAAAAAAUGAUGAAUUUUAAAAGCAUUCCAAACAUGUACGCUAAUAUUUCGUUUAAUGAUUGUUCCUUUGACUUUUUUGACUUAGAAACUAAGGAAGACAAAGAAAAUACGACGAAAAAAUAAAGUUGAAGGAAAAAUGCUGUGUAAAUACAAAUAAUCAUAGAUUUUAGGACGCAAAGAAAUGAAAGAAGAUGAAAUUGAAACAAAAACCCCUUUAUGUAAAAAAAUAAUAAUAUAAAAAAAAGUAAAUUAAGUUUGCUCUUUACUUAUUUUCUUCUUGUAACAUAAUAUGAUAAAAAAAGAGAUUUAAUGAAAGUUAGUACGAUGGUUGAAUACGUAUGACGAUGUUAAUGAGCGACAUGAAGUUGGGAUUGGGCGAUUCUUAAAAUGAAUAUUAUCUUUUACAGGAUUAUUAGCUGUUGAAACUUAUUAUUAGCAAAAUUAUAUGAAAUUGCGAUUCAAAAACUUAUUUGAUGCUAUAAUUGAUCCAAAGCUGAUCAGAUUUCGCUUUAUUGAACUUUUGAGAUUCAAUUGUUCAAAAUUGUGUUCAAAAUUAGCUUCACAGAUGCAAAAUAUGAUGCAAAACUCUGGUUUUGUUAAUCUUAACGAAGCCUUAGCUUUCAAAAAAACUAGUUCCUAAUAUAAAAUCAAACUAUUAUUCAAAUUCAAUUCAUUUAAAGAAUUUCCCAUUUCUAACUUCUCUUUAUUUCGUUGCUUCUCAGGCGAUAUAUAAUGUGAAUGUAUGCACAUUUGUAUGCAAGAUGUGGAGGUACUUAAGUACUCUUUCAUUGCAUAAAAACGGUUGUUUUCGUCUUUUUAAUGUUUUGGAAAGGGUAAAUUUGAAAAAAUAAAAAAAAAGCUUUAAUGACAAAAAAGGGCAAAAAAAUAUUUUUCAAAGGGGAAAGAAACUACGCUUGUGUGUGAUUUUAAUCAUUCCUCUUGAUGAAGAAUAAAAGUAAAUAUUGAAUAAUAAAUGAGAAUAAUCAUAAUAAUAUUCAUAAAUUAACCUCUUAAUAUUAAACAUUCAUGAAACAAAAAUUCUAUGAAGUAUGUUAUAAUGGAGAACUUUUCAUAUUUUUAGACAUAAAUGAGCUUUUUGAAGAAAAAAAAAUUGCUACUUUUUGAGAUACAAAAAAAAUAUUUGCGUAGUUUUUCUCCCCUUAUUUAAUAAUGAAAAAAAUAAAAAAAAACUUUUUCAUUUUCAUUUUUUGUCUGAAUCGUUUUUGAUUCAACAUAAGAAUAAUGGCACUAAAUAUAUCAUAUGAAAAAAAAGUUGAAAGACUUUGAUUCAUUUGCUUCUUUUUAUUUUCUUCAUUUCCUCCCUUUUUAGUUCCUUCAUGUGAAAAGCUCAUAAGACACUUUUUUUAUACGGCGAGAGCUUUUUCCUCAAAAAAAAACAGUAUGAAUCCACAGCAUCUCUAUUUUCAUCUCGUUCGUUUCAGUAGAGAAGGUAUCAAAGUAAAAAACAUCUGCUGUUCCUUCAAAUUGACGACUCUAUAUUUCUUGUCUGCGUAGUAAACACUUAAAUAAUGCCAUCGUACCUUAAAUCCAUGAAAAUAUGUUUGUAAUAAUUUUAUUCUCAAAAAAAUUCGAGAUUUUUUUUCUCAUUUUAAUUAUGAUAAUUUUCACAGGCACAGUAAAAUUCCUUUUGCUACAGCUUUUUACUCAUAAAAACAAAGAAAUUUAAAUUAUAUAAUGAAGUCUCUAAACAGAACGAGAAAGAUUUUAUGUUAAAACUGGGUAGAUGAUUUAAUUUUGCUCUAAUGAAAAUGUAAAUCACUUUGCUGAUGUUUGAUGAGGAUUUUCUGUGGAAUUGGGAGUAUUGAGAUGUGGAGAUUUGUUUUUGGUGGUUUUGUUCUUCCGGAUUUUAAAGCUUUAUUUGUCUUUUAAUUAUUCAAAUUGUUGGAACUGUUAUAAAAUAUGCUUAAUAUGCUAGAAAUCAAUUCUUCCAAAUUUAUUGAUAAUUUCCAGAGAUUUCUGCAAAGAUCUACAAACCAACCCACACUCAUUGCUAUAGAUUAGUAAACUUUAUCAUUUGUUUAACUUCCAAAUUUUCUGUCAAAAAUUAUUAACAAAUAAGAUGGGAGAAGAACAGCAAAGUCAAGGGAGAGAAGCUUAAAGUGAUUAAGUAUAAGUAAUGAUUAUAAAUCAACUUUUGAAUGAAACUUUACAAAUGAAUCAAUAUCAAUUCAAAAACUUUUCGUGACGAGAGAGAAAAAAAAAAUUAAGAAAAUUUUCCUCGCGGGAAAAACUUUUUCUUGUUCAUUCACAGUGCGGUAAAUUCUGCCACGUCUGUUCACUAAUUUAUAAGAGGGAAAAGUAUGUUUCAAAAAAUUUCUCAAUAAGUUGCUCAUUUUUGUGAAUUUGUGUUUGUUUUCUUGAGUUCAUGAUGUCCUAGAAUUGAAUUUAUUGGAAAUAUUUAUGAGUUUAUUAGAUGAAUAUUUACUGUCUGUCCUUGAAUUUUUUCUUGACACAAACCCAAUUUUUCGCUUGAAGAAGGUUGUAUUAAUGUUAAAACACCUUUUUCGGUAAAUUUAAAGGGGUUGGCAAGGAAAAUUCAUCACUGAUUUCUCAAUCUGAUAAUUAUAGGUACCAAAAAAUCACACCCGUAAAGUUAUUUUCAUUUCUAACCAAGCAAAGUCACAGACAACAGAACAAAAAUAAAUAGAUCACCCGAUUAAAAUGUCUAUUGAAAGAGGGGCUCAUUUGAAGACAUUUUAUUCUGAUUGUGAUUAACAGAAGUAAAAAAAUAUUUUUUUAUACAACCUCACAACUUGUAAGCCAAUAGCUAUAUAUUGAAAAAUAAUCAUUUUAUUUAUAUUUUGUGAUUGUAUUAAAUUUCCGCAACCCUCAUUUUUAUUCCUCAACAUUGUUUCCAUUGAAAAUAAAAAUGAGAGAAAAAAAUGUGGUUUUAAAUUGAAAUAAAAUAAAAAAUGCCAAAAGGCAAAAUGAGAAAAAGGGCAGAAGCAGAACAGAA